AUGUUUGUUUCAGGUGUAGUAAAUUUAACGGAUUCGAUUGCUGCAAGGCAAAGGUGUGCUAUAAACCACUAUUUGCGGAGGGAGAUUUCUUCUGACAUCCUUAAUUAUUUGGGAUGGACUAGCAAAGAAGAUGUCUCAAGAGAAGUAAAUCCAAGCUGCAUAAGAAGAGAUAUGCGACAGCUGAUGGAUGUAAUGGCGUGUAUAGUGUCUUGUAGCAAUCCAUUUGAAAAUGAAUCUACUUCUCUCCAUAACAUAAGUACGGGAAAAACUGCUUCACCUGUCACGCAAUAUUUUCUUACAAAUGUUAUGGAAAUCGGAAGGAAAGCUAUGGACGACUUCAUCCAGCGCUGUGUGGCGGAUUCGGCAGCCUUUGAGAAACCCAUUCAGAAGCAGAAGAUACAUACCUUUGCAGAAGAAGGAAUCAAGAUUAACAGGAGGGUAAAUGGAAAAAUCCAAGAAGUAAAAAUGGAACGGGACAUGUUUGGCCGACUACUAAUGUUGUCGAUGAAAAACAAGAUCGACAUGGCCGUUGUUUUUCAAUAUCCGUUGACGCCCGUGCCUCUAGUCUUCGGCCAAAUCGAUGGAACCGUUAACACCACAGCAAAAUCAACAAUGUUCAAAAGUAUAAUUGGAACAUCUUCUUAUGAUCAACCGAAGGAAAUCGACGCUUACAUCGUUGAUGGAUUCUUCUUUUUGCAUCUUUUUGCUUCAAACCUACCUCUAAUUUAUGAAGACAUUAUUCGGUUUCUUCUUGUAAAGCUAUGUAACUUGAAGGCAAAAGAAAUCCAUCUAGUUUUCGACAACAUCGUUUCGCCGUCAAUCAAAGAUCUCGAGCGGGAUCGUCGUGGCACAUCGGAACGUCACACUUAUUACACUACCCUGGGGUUAAAACAAAAGCGCACAUCGAAUUUCUUAAAUGCGCUACGGAGCGAUACUUUUAAGCUUCAACUAGUGAAACUUUUAUCCAUUGGAUUCGGCAAUAAUUCACUGUCUACUAUUGUUGCAGAAAAACAUUGA